CCCUCCGGGAAUUGUUCCCGCCCCCUUGAUAAAGUGGCGCUGACAGCUCCUGGGACGCUCAGACCCGCGAAGGAGGCGGAGCGGCUGCUGCUGCGGGCUGCAUUUGAAGGCGGCGUCCUGUUGCUCUCGGGUCAUUCUGGGCCCGCCCCGGGAACACCUGCUGCUGCUCCCUAGCCCGGUAGCCGAGCCGGCGCUCUGCAGGCCCCGUCCCCUGGGAUCGCCUCUGCAUCCUCCUCGUGCCUUCCAACUUCUUGAGCGACGUUUGGCUGGCCUCCAGGCGGAACAUGGACGACGGGGUAGGGAGCGAGCCACGGCACUUGCCCCGGCUGUGCUGCCCGGAGAAGGGGCCGAACGGCUACGGCUUCCACCUGCACGGGGAGAAGGGCAAGGUGGGCCAAUUCAUCCGCUUAGUCGAGCCGGACUCUCCGGCUGAGAAAUCCGGGCUGCGUGCCGGCGACCGGUUGGUGGAGGUAAACGGCGAGAACGUGGAGAAGGAGAGCCACCAGCAAGUAGUGAACCGCAUCCGCAACUCGCCGGGCUCGGUGCGCUUGCUGGUGGUGGACGCCACGACCGACGAGCGGCUGCAGAAGCUGGGCCUGGAGUGCAGCGAAGAGCUGGUCCACGCGCUGCCCGCGGAGCAGGCGGAGGAGCAGAGCGGCGACCCGGAGCCGCGGGAGGUCCCCUCGCAGCAGGAACCGGAGAAAAGCAGCGAGGAGGGGAAAGACCACCACGCUGCCCCGCCGGAUGAACUGCGACCUCGCCUCUGCCAGAUGAAGAAGGGCCCCAGUGGCUAUGGAUUCAACCUCCAUAGUGACAAGACCAAGCCAGGCCAGUAUGUCCGAGCUGUAGAUCCAGACUCACCAGCUGAAUCUUCAGGACUGCGCGCACAAGACCGUAUUAUUGAGGUGAAUGGGCUGUCCAUGGAAGGCAAGCAACAUUCUGACGUAGUCACAGCCAUAAAAGCUGGUGGAGACGAGACCAAACUGUUGGUGGUGGAUAACUUAACAGAUGAAUUCUUUAAAAAGUGCAAAGUCCUUCCCUCAGAGGAACAUCUGGCAGGGCCCUUGCCAGAACCAGUUGCCAAUGGCGAUGUAGAAAAGGAGAACAGCAAAGAUGAACAGCCAGAGCAUGUCUAUGAAAAUCCACCUAGCCCCGAGCACUUGCCUGCUUCCCCCUCUGUGAACGAAAUUCACAAUGAGCUCAACUCUCAGGAGAAGGUGGAGAAACGAAGCUCUAUAUCUGACCCAGGGCUUGAUUUGGACAUCCCCCUGGCAGUGGCCAAGGAACGUGCCCACCAGAAGCGCACCAGCAAAAGGGCACCUCAGAUGGACUGGAGCAAGAAAAAUGAACUUUUCAGCAACCUCUGAAGUGUUUCAUCCCCAAGCCGGGAGGAGAAGUGAGGGCAAUACCACAAAAUCUGACCUGAACUUCCUUGACUUUCACCAUCAGCCUCCAGUUUCUUGGGGAGAGAUACUUCCCUCUACUCCCUUACCCCUUUUCCCUCUCUUAGCCUGGGGAUGCACAAUCUUUUCUGUCCUGUGUAAUCUGAAGGAAAACAAAUGUCAUGAUUGCACCUGUACAAUUUUGGGGAAUUUAAGAGAAUGAUGAGACAUUUUUAUACACUGUCUAUAAAUAAUUUAGUUUGGUUUCAUGUGAAUGUGGGCAGAGGGUUGAUUGAUCUGUGAAUCUGAAACCAGUACGGAGCCAAUGCAGAGUGCUGUCUUCAUCACUACAUUUAGGAGAAACAUGCUGAUAUUCUCCCCGACCCCCCACCCCCAAUGCACUGUUUUUAGUGAAAACCUGUGUUCUGGCCAAGCUUUGCAGGUACCAAAGGCAUCUAAAGUGUUCUUACUACUCUUUAAAGAGCAUCACCUUCAAGAAUGUCUAAAGCUGGACACCUAAAGUAGUCUAAGUUGUUGCUCUUAGCUGACUCGUGUCAGACAAAUCUGAUUGGACAAGGAUAGUAAUACCUGAUUGGGAGACUAUAGAUUUAGGGCGACAUAGAGUAUUUAAAAGAUUGGUUCCCUGAUCUCCUUUUUGAUAGUCAAUAAACUUCCUUUUCCACGAGGUUGCAUUUUCCUCUGAUUAUGAAUUCCAUUCCUAACACUCCAAACUUUUUAUAACUUUUCUGGAUAACCAUUUAGUCGAAGAGAUUGCAAGCAAUAGUGAGGUUCUCAUUCAUGGGAUACCAAGACUUUUGUUGUGUUGCCUCACUUAGCUUCAAAUACUUCUGUUACACACAAAGUCUGAGGAAGGAAAGCGGUAGGAAGAAAACUUCAGAAAUUGUCCUGGCUAUGGGUGACGGGGGUGUGGGGGUGUUGUUCUUCUUCUGAGUAGGAAAGACAAAUCUUCUGGCCUAACAUGGCAACUGAAAACAACCAAGUGUAUUACAACAGAGCUUGAGCUCAUCAGGUUUUUCAGUAAUAAUGCUCAAUUAACAGUUGAUAUAAAACUGUUUCACUUUCUGAAAUGACAUGUUUUCUAAUCGCAGUCCUGCUUCCCUCUUCCAUUUGUCUACAUUAUGUUGUGGAAAUUAUUCUCCUCCGUGAAUGUUUUAUUUUCUUGAUUUAAUGUUUGUACUGUCAAAUGCGAGAAGAAAAAAGUCUGUUUAUGAAAAGGAAAAAAUCA